GGCAUUAACUGCUAGGAUAUUUCUUAUCUGUAAGAUAGAAACUCAUUGUUUGCUGUGACUAAACAUUUUGUGUUAAUGUAUACAGGCGUGUUAUGAAAACAAUGUAUUAGGUGUAUUUUAAACAUCUGAAAAUACUUGACAUUUUUGUGAGUUCUCCUGAUUUUCUUCUCUCUUUGUGACAAUUGUUAUAUUUAGCCUGUGCAAAACACUAAAUGUAAAGUUGCUAUGAGUUCUUUAAAUGCAAGCUUCUCCCUGAAUAUUUCUGUUGUUCGUCCUGAAUACUUUUUUAUCCUUGGACUUUCAGGUAUACCUUACAGCAAUUUGUACUAUAUUUUCAUAUUCAUUAUUUAUUUCAUCACUGUAAUUGGCAACUUUCUAGUCAUUCUUCUUAUAGUUCUUGACCGGAGUCUGCACAGUCCAAAGUACAUUGGUGUGUUUAACUUGGCCUUGGCUGAUAUUGGUGAAACUAAUGCUCUGAUUCCUAACAUGAUGAAGACUUUUCUGUUUGACUCACAGUACAUCUCCUACAAUGCUUGUUUGGUGAACAUGUUUUUUGUGUUUCUUUUUAGCUCUAUGCAGAGUCUCACCCUUGUUGUUAUGGCGUAUGAUCGUUUAAUUGCAAUUUGCUUGCCAUUAAGAUAUCAUGUCAUUGUGAACAACACCAGUAUGAUUUCAAUUUUCUCAGCUGUUUUCAUGUUCAAUUCGAUUAUUGUUGCCUCCAUGGUGUCUUUGGUGACCAACAUAUCAUUCUGUAAAUCCAAUGUGAUACAGAGUUAUUUUUGUGAUCACGGACCAAUGUUUAGGAUGGCAUGCAAUGACAAUAACAUAAAUAAGAUUAUGGGAUUUCUCUACACAACUUUAUACCUUAUAGCACCCAUGCUUGUCAUUUUCUUGUCAUAUCUGGGCAUUUUCUUGGUUGUAAGCAAGAUUGCAACUUGGGAAAGACGUUUGAAAGCACUGAAGACCUGUGUUUCACAUCUGUUAUUAGUGGGGAUUUAUUUUCUCCCCAUAUUCUUCACAUACCUUACUUCAUUAUUGCUUUUUAGCACCUCCAAUUCUAGAGUCAUCAGCACGUCUUUGGCUUAUGCUAUUCCACCAAUGCUUAAUCCCAUUAUUUAUGUAUUAAACACAGCUGAAAUCAAAAACACAAUUCGAAAAGGUUUUAAAAACAGAUCUCUGCCCAUUGAGACGGUUUCAAAGUGAAUAAAACGUUUAUUUUUUAUUGUUUGAUAUCACAAAUAUGACUUCUGCAUCUGCAUAAUGUAUAUACUGUAGGUCUCACAUAGUUCUUUGUACCAAAAUGAUGACAAAGAACAAUGUUUUCUUCAUAAAGCUAGCUUUUUUUCUCCAUAUUUAAGUAGAUUAUUAUUCUGUUUUAGUGUGCAUAAAAUAUACAGAAUGCAACUGUACAGUAGAAAUAUACUAAUUAUCUACCCUUU